AUGAGUAGGCAAAAGAACAAAACUAUUGACGAUAAUAAUAUAUUUGAUUUUACAGAUAUUCUUGGUCGCCCAACAUGGUUACAUGAUGAGCUACCGCCUGCUGUGGAAAUCAUAGAAUUAAACUCCUCAAAUGAAGAGAUCUCACCAAGAGAACCAAAUCGCGAUGGCAGGAGACAUGCUUGGAGCUAUGUAAAUAAUGAAGAAAUGCAACAAAUAGAAAACAGUUACAAAAUCAACGAGCUAGCAAGAGAACGACGGAGAUUACAAAACGCUAGGCAUCAUACGAUUGGCACGUAUACGUCGCUAGAACCAAAUGUUCGGGACAACGGCGUUAACACCGAAAAUAAUUAUGACCUCCAUCAUUCAAAAAUUCAUAAUAAUUCCAACACGCGUAUUGGCGACAAAUUAGUGUACAAUCGUAACGUGAACUGUUUUGGUAUGACCAGCAAUGAUUUAGUUAGUUCUGAUAACUCAUCUGAUGGACAAUACGCCGAUGUUGAAGUAAUAACGACAGCUGACGUUGUAAUGAGUGGAGGUAAUGACUGGGACCAGUGUAGUAAUAACUUUUAUAACGAAGAAAUUAUAACCUAUGAUACUGAUUUAGACCAAGAAACGCGAACCAUUUGGAUUUAUUCAUUUAAAAAUAAACAUUUAUUAAGAGAUGAUGAUUUUGAAGAAGUGCCUUCCGAUAAAAGUUGUAGUUCUUCUAAUUCUACAGAUAGUAGUGGGGAACAAACCAAUGAUACAUCUCGUCGAAUAGGGUCACCGAUUCCUGGCACAUACAUUCCUAGAUUAGACCUCACAUUGGUCCCUAGAUUGUCUACAGUUAUGGAAAUAUCGGAACGUAACAUAGAACCUACCCCGGAAAAAUCUAUCAAAUCUGUUAAAUCCACCAGCAGAAAACUAAAAGUGCAUUCUAACAACUGGUGUGUCUCUGAAACUACUAAAGAAGGCGGGAAACGAGUUGGUAAACAUGAGAAAUCGACAAGUAUAAUUAAUUGGAUGAGUUUAUCCCCGAGGGAUCGGCGGCGAUUGUUGAAACAUAAAUCAGUAAGUGAUAGUUGGGUAGAAUCAUUUUUUAACUUAUCAGAAGAAAAAGAUAAUAAAGUAGGAAAAGUGUUACAAAAUGAUGAUGAUGGUGAAGAUGGUGUAAAACUACAGGUAGACGUCGAGGUGCAUGUCGAUAAUGAGGCCAAUGGUGACACGUGUCAGAGAAAGCCCAACAGUGCAAAAAACGCUGUUAAAGCAAAUACAGACGAUAUGAGCUCUAUUAAUAAAAUUAAAUACGCCGACGCUGCUAAUGAAGAACUGCCGAGAGAUCGCGGCGAUAAUAAUGUGAAAUUAGUCGCGCCAGUAAUUCAUCUCACUUCUACACUUCGUAAAUCUGAAAUAACUCAUCCGAUAGAAAACUUAGAAAGUCCUGAAUGGAUCCACGAAAGAGAUGAAAAAGAGACCAGUGUCUUUGACUAUGUAUCGGAGAAAUCAGAAAGCAUCCUAGAUACUGAUGACAAUAACAUCGUUGAUCACUUAUGGAUGAAAAACACAGUACCCUUUUUGAAGCCAUCCGAUUGGACUAAGUUUAAGCCAAUAGCGGACAGUCCCGUUUCCUAUCAUUUAUCCCUUGGUAGCAUAGAAGAACGUAAAACGUGGUUUAAACGUUUAAUAAAUUUUCUUAAGUGUUGUAAGUAA